UAUCUGCCAUUUUGUAUCUCCUCAAUCCGGUCAGACGAAGUUGGUGGUCACGAGAACGGAGUGAAAAUGAGUGUUACGUAUUUUUUUACUCUGCAUCUGUAAUCUUAAGAGAAUAUUGUUAAAUUUAGUGUCAUUUGUAAUAGUGUUCACGGUCUCUUGGCUGUUGUUCUUGUUUCUCGUUAACACUGUUUAUCGUGUCGGACUUCAUCUUGUUUACCUUUUCCUGUAGCAAAGAGCUCACGCUAACGGUGCUAGUUAUUGCUAACUGGCUAGGUGGCGAAAAGCUAUCCUAACGUUAGCCUGACGCUAACCUGUGGCGAAAUGGCGGCCAACACGACACAAGCAACCCCUACUACCAACUGGUCCUUCGGUGCUGCUCCAGAAGGACAGGUUCAUGAAAACCCAGAAUGGGAGAAGGCAAGACAAGCAUUAGCCUCCAUUAGCAAAAGUCAGAACACUACGAAGACUACACAAGCCAGUCGGACUACAGCAGAGGCAGGUCAAUUUCAACCAGCAGUGAGUGACUCUGCUGCUAUCCAGCAACAGCAGCAGUACUAUCAGUGGUACCAGCAAAAUCAGCAACAGUAUCCUGGAUACACAUAUCCCUAUAAUUACUACUACCCCAUGGCUCCAUAUGGGGCAGCAUAUCCACCAAAUCAGUAUGGCGUACCCCCCGCACAUUUCCCAGGAGCACCAAACUCGAAUGGACAGCCUCCCCCAGUACCUGGUAUGGAAGACCAAUCUCCCAGCUUCUCUUCUCAACCUCAGCCCCCUCCCCCUGCUACCCCCCAGCCUCCUCAGAACCCUACCACGUCAGAGACCCCCCCACCCCCACCCAUUCCUCCCCCACCCAACUCCCAGUAUCCUCCUCCAUCACAAAAUGCUUAUAAUACCAACAACACCAUGCCAUACCCUCCUGGUGACCCCAGCCAAAUGGGAGUAUACAGUCACUCCCAGGGGAGGCCUAAUUAUGGACAAGGCUUCCAGGCCCAAAACAACUAUCAGCCUCCUCAGAAUGCUUCCCAGCAGCAACAGCAACCUGGCCACUAUGUACCAGGGCUUGGCAGAGGAGACAAAAACAAAAACCAAAAACAAGGACAGCCUUGGCACCGCAUGAAACAGGCACCUGGGACAGCUUCUGUCAAGUUUAAUAUUCCCAAGAGGCCUUAUCAGGUUCAGUGUUCCCCAGUCUCUAAUCAGGCCUUCCCUCCAGGCGAGCAGCCCUCAGGAUUGAAUCUAACUCCUUCUUCACCUGCCACUGCCAGUGCUGCACCUGGAGCUGCUCAGACACGUCCCCAGGACUGGCCCCAAGCCAUGAAGGAGUAUGUGCAGCGCUGUUUCACAGCCUGUGAGACAGAGGAGGACAAAGAUCGCACAGAAAAGGUGCUGAAAGAAGUCCUGCAGGACAGGCUGAAGGAUGGCUCUGCUUAUACCAUUGACUGGACCCGAGAGCCAUUACCAGAGUUGAAGGUCAAGCAGUCUCGUUGGGAGGCUAUUUCAAAUCAGAGAGCAGCAGAAAGCUCAGUUAGUCGUGGUGGAAGUACAGUUGCAGCUUCAAGAGGAAGAGGUGGUGGACACAGGCUGGGCCAUUACAGGAAUAUCUUUUCCCAGAGGAGUCCUUCUUCUAGUUCAUGCUCGAUCAUCCUCCCGCUCACCAUCUCCCUCACAUGGCCGACACCGGAUCGCAGCAGCCAGAGGCACAGGCGAAGUGAUUCUGACUCACAGUCAGACAGCAGCAUCUCUAGUGACCUCAGACCUCAGCUGUCAAGGCGAAGCCAGAAAGUGGCACGUGGCCGUGGUAAUGAUAGGGAUCGAGGCCGUGGCGGAGGGGAAAGAGGGCGUGGAAGAGGAGGAAAGGCCAACAGAGGGAGACGAAACAUGGAAGAUACAAACUCAUCUGUUGGUAAGAAGAGGAAAGGAGGCAGUGCAGGUCUGGACUUCCAUGACCCCAACCGUGAGGCCAAAAAGCAAAGCAGAGCAGCUCGCUUCCACAAGCAGCUCCGCUCAGAGCCCCUGGUUCUCUCCAUCAAUGCCCUGGAUUUACCAGAUGGAACACAGGAGGGCCUCAGCUGGGAGGACUGCCCCAUUGUAGGAACAUGCCAAGACACCACAAAGUCCUAUCUAAGGCUCACCUGUGCCCCUGACCCCUCCACUGUACGCCCUGUACAUGUUCUCAGAAAGUCUCUGCAGGCUGUGAAAGCCCACUGGCAAACACACCAAGACUACGCCUAUGCAUGUGAACAGAUGAAAUCCAUACGACAGGAUCUCACGGUCCAGGGAGUUCGUACUGACUUCACAGUGGAAGUGUACGAGUGUCAUGCACGCAUUGCUUUGGAAAAGGGUGACCAUGAAGAGUUCAACCAGUGCCAGACCCAGCUGAAGGCCCUGUAUAAGGAUAAUCCAUCAGAAAACAUUGGAGAGUUUACAGCAUAUAGACUGCUGUAUUACAUCUUUACUAAAAACUCUGGGGAUCUCACCACUGAGUUGGUGUACUUGACCCCUGCGCUCAGGGCAGAUGAGUGUGUAGCUCAUGCUCUUGCACUCCGCGCUGCCUGGGCAUUAGGAAAUUUUCGCCGUUUCUUUAAGCUGUAUUUGGAAGCCCCACGCAUGGCUUCAUACCUCAUUGACAAGUUUGUUGAGAGGGAAAGAAAGGUUGCACUUCGGGCUAUAGUCAAAACGUUUAGGCCUGAUUUGCCAGUGCAGUAUGUGCAGUCCACUCUGGGCUUCUCUUGUUUAGACUCUUGUAUGGCCUUCCUUACUGGGCUAGGUGUCACCUUCACUGCCUCUGACCCCCAAAAGAUAGACUGCAAAACCAGCACAGCCUCACUGGCUGCCUCCUGAGGGAUAGGCUGUAGCAUAGUGAAAGGAGAUGUUUAGGGCAUCAUGGAUCCUUAGAUUUUGCACUGCACUUCAGACACUUGAACCAGCUGAGAUAAAGUAAUGGCAGGCUAAUACCUCAUAAUACCUACACAUUAAGAGGAAUACUGUGCUAUAAUACCCAGUUUGACAGCAGAUGUAAUUUUCUGACACUCAGAUGAGAACUACUUUAGACAUUGAGAAACGCCUGUACACACAUUCAUUCACACUUUGUAGGUCAGCCUUAGUCUCCAGAUGUUCAUAAUGUCCUCUGUUGGCAAACAGUUUAAAUUUGGGGUUAACAUGUAAUCUCAGCACAUACAAAGAAGUUACAGAACCAGAUCAGAGAAGCAGACACCCUCAUGGUUCCUGUUCCAUUAGCACCAUCAGAUGCUAAAGCUAACAGUGUUCUGUUAUGUUUUUCCUUCCUCAAGUCAACAGCUCCAAGACCUGAAGAUUCAAGCCUUAAAAGGGAAAUGCAAACUGCUGUUCUUCAAGUUAUUCAUCCAGCUUCAAGUCAGGUCAGCUUUAAAGUUUGCUCUCAGAGACUGAGAUGACAGCGUGAGAUGUGGCAGCAGUUUGGUUGAUGAAGAAUCGGUGGUUUGUAUAUCCUGCCAUCUAAAGCCAGCUGCUCUACCUGUUCCUGUUCCUACCCCACCAUUUAUGGCCUGUGAAACCCAUGGACUAAAAUGUAUUGUGAACCUCCCCCAGUUUUGGAAGUGCUGUCCAUCCAAUGUGAAGAAAUGGUUGGCAAGCAGUGAAAGCCUUGGUGUGAAGAGCAGUGAACUGUUUGAUAAGAUAGGAAAGUGUUCAUCGAGGUGAUCUCUUCACUCUCCCGCUCCCUGGAGGCCUGGAAUUAAUCACUUCAGUGCAGCUCAUUUGGAGGGUGUCCAUCGUCCUCAGGUAGCGUCCUGUCAGCGCUGGAGCCUGAAUCCAACACACCCCGUCAUCUCUGCAAAUGUAGCAGUGAAGCCCAGCUAUCACACCUCUUUGAUCAUCUUCACCAGCCCAAACCGGCACAUCUGCUGCCAACAUUCAGUCAAGGUGAAUGUGAAUUCUACAGGAGGGAGCAGCAGAGGUAAACCUGAAGCUUCUUCCAGACGGAAUCCUGACGAGUGGUUUGUAUGCUGGUUCUGGCUCUGGUUUUUGUGAAGCUGGUAAGAUAAAGGAGACUUCUCUGGAAGGAGUUGGAUGACGGAGCAGCAGAGAUGCUGCCUCACAAUUCUUCUGUGGGUUAAAUGUUGUCAGUCUUGUGUUUCUUGGACAGCAGUAUUGGCCUUUGGUCUUUAACACAAGAAUCUUUGAUCUGUUUUUACAAAAUGAAAAUUCCAAACAUGAAUUGAGUAUCACAAAUUUUAGACACUUUUCUACUAUGAGUUGAAACAGUGCUGCCUAUGAGUAUUUCAGUCAAAAUGGGUUUUACACUGUUGUAGACAGUAACUUAGUAAAAAAGACAUGGAAGUCAGUGUAGUAAUGCUUAAAUGUUCACUUUCCAGAAAUGAAUGAAAGAAUCAAAUAUUUGUAGCUUCUUAAAAAUGUACUGAAACUCAUGAUAAUUCAAAGUGGUAGAGGAGGUUCAUUUAUUUUCUUUGACAUGUUGGUGCUUGUAAAGAGUACAUUAUUUUAGGCAAUACAUGUGUCCAACAGGCAUAGUUGCAGUUUUUCUGGAAAUCUUACCGUUACCAACAAAAUUUUCAUACUUUUGUGCUUCAUAUUAUUUUGAGUCUUUCUGAAGAAUGAGGCAUUUUCAAAUGUUUCUCAUAAUUGGAUUCUUUUCUACAGUAUUAUUGGCCACUGUAGACAUCUUGAGGUAUUUAAGGAUGUUGUGUAAUAAUAAUUUGAUGCAGAUUUUGCUGUACAAUCUACUUGUCUAUAGAAUAUUUUUGUAAAUAUUGUAUCCUAUUGCUGUGAUUAUUUUUAGUUAAUGCAUAGUGUAGGAUUUUUUUUUUUUACACAUGGGUAAGUGUGAUUUUGGUGGAUUCACGGACCUUUCUAGAUCACCUUUAUGAAUAUGUAAAGUUAAAUUCAGACAUCUGGAUUGGCUUGCAUUCUGUCGUAAUCACAGUGGGUUAUAGUGGAGGGCUGAUAAUUUCCAGUAUGUGCAUUUGGCUAAAAUCCAUCCAGAUAAAGAGAAGCACAGGCUUUUUAACCCAGUCUUGUAACUUUCAAAUUCCAGUGAUUUAAAAGAAACCCCAAAAAAAUCUGUUGAUUAAAAUGGCACAUACACAAACAUAUUGUUUUCCUGAUUGUUUGGUCCAUGCAAGCUGUGUUACACCGCUGACUGAAUUCAGAUUGAGUUGGACCAAUGUAUUGUAAACACCUUCCACAUCAGGACAGCUGCUUCAGUUAGCAAGUCACCUUUGUAAAUGUGGACUAUUCAUGGUUGACCAUUAUUUGAGCAAACAAUUGAUCAACAUGUUUUCUUUCUUCCCUUCAUUUACCUUGCCUCCCUGUCCUCUGCUGCUCCCCCUCCUCACUUCCUGAACCUUUCUCUCACACGCCACCAGACCCUCGCGUUCUUCAGCUGGUAGCACUGCUGCAUUGCAGGAGCACAUGGAGUGGAAAAGUGGGCGAACCACCUCAGCUGCCUCCUCCUCCAGACGCCAGCCGGAGGGAGUGAAUUGUGAGCAAUCAGUCUCGGUUUGACCCACUCAAGUUGAAGCCAAACAGCUGAUAAAACACAUGGGAGCCUCACAUACUGAAAUGUGUAAAAUGUUAAGCUGACAUUUAAGUCAUUUGCUGCUAAUCUACAGUUCCCAACUUGUUUUUCUCUGUAUUUAUGUAAAAUGUUUGACAGAUACCAGAAUUGGUCAUGUAUUGUUUUCUGUUUGUCCAGAUGCAUUUUCAUUUAUAAUGAUAUGCUUUCAUCUGUUUCAGUGGUAAAACUCGUCACUAUUUAGGUUUUUUCUUUUGCUCAUAGUCCAGUUUCUGCAUUUACUGAACAGACUUCCUUCAGUUAGAGUAGAUGCGUGUAAAGAUGCGUCUGGACAUGCAGAAUGAUCUUCAAAGCUAAGCAAUUUCUUCAGGGUUUUUUUUUUUCUUUCUUUUUUUUUCUUUUUAGUAUGUAGUCUUACUCAGGCAAAUUUCCCUCUGAUGUUUUACAAAGUAUUUGUGUGUGCUCCCAUGCGAAAACCGUACUUUUUGCUUCUUCCAUAUGUAAUGAUUAUAACUGACAUUGUUGGCUUGUGUAAAUGUGUUUUAUACAGGGUUGACUUGUCGGAUGUCGUGUUUUCAGCAAUGAAUGAGCCCAGGAUGUUGGCCCCUUUUUUGUUGUAUGCUUUUAAGUUAAUUUUCAAUUUUUUUUUGUCUGUAGAAAAUUCAACCCAGACAACUAACAGUACACAUUUUCAUUUGGAUGUUUUUUUUUUUUUUUUCUCUCCAAUGCCUCAAGUCAUGUUUUCAGUAUUCUUUGCUCCCAUGUACUGUUUACCUCUAUCGGUCUCUGUAACUCCCUCCUUGAUAUCUGACAGUGGAAGAACUCUCAUGCCCCUCACUUCAUUCCCCACCAUUUUUUUUUUUAACUCUUCAGUUUCUUUUUCUCUGCUCUCACUUUUCUCUUAUUCCUCUCCUUGCAUGUUCUUCUUUCUCCUCUGACUCUUACCAAUAUUUCCCCUUCUCCUUUUCAUACUUUUCCUUUUAUGGUUUGUAUGUUUGUGACCGUUUGCCAUGUGCAAGUAGUCACUCACUAGUAAGUAUUGUGUCUGCAAUGCUUUAAUAGUUUAUGUUGCAGCUCACUAACCGAGGUCUACCUGCAAUGUCUCCUCCCUAUUUCCAUUUCUUACGACUCUACAGAUCUGAUGAGAUAUACUGCCAGCUUGUAAAUAUCAUGUAAAUACUAUCUUUUUGAAAUCUAAUAAAAAAAGAAAUUGAAGAAUGAA